AACCCCCAGGAGAGGAUGGCCCACGUGGGGGACUGUAAAUGGACUCAUUGGCUACCUGUCCUGGUGGUGUCUCUGAUGUACUCAGCCAGAGCAGACUACUCCAACUGCGGCGAAAAUGAAUACUACAACCAGACUACUGGGUUGUGUCAGGAGUGUCCACAGUGCGGGCCAGGCGAGGAGCCCUACAUGUCCUGUGGCUACGGUACCAAGGAUGACGACUACGACUGUAUUCCAUGCCCAGCUGAGAAGUUUUCCAAAGGAGGCUACCAGAUAUGCAGGCGCCACAAAGACUGUGAGGGCUUUUUCCGGGCCACGGUGUUGACGCCGGGGGACACGGAGAAUGAUGCCGAGUGUGGGCCUUGUCUUCCUGGCUACUACAUGUUGGAAAACAGACCCAGGAACAUCUACGGCAUGGUCUGCUACUCCUGCCUCCUGGCCCCUCCCAACACCAAGGAAUGUGUGGGAGCCACCUCAGGAGUUUCUGCCAACUUCCUCAGUACCUCUGGCAGCAGCACCCUCUCUCCUUUCCAGCAUGCCCAUAAAGAGCUCUCCGGUCAAGGACACCUAGCCACGGCCCUCAUCAUCGCCAUGUCCACCAUCUUCAUCAUGGCCAUAGCCAUCGUCCUCAUCAUCAUGUUCUACAUCAUGAAGACAAAGCCUUCUACCCCAGCCUGCUGUACCAGUCACUCAGUGAAGAGCGUGGAAGCCCCUGUGAGCAAGGAAGAGGAGAAAAAGGAGACCCAAGACAACGUAGUGAUUUUCUCUGAGAAGGACGAGUUCGAGAAACUGACAGCAACUCCACCAAAGACCACCAAGAGUGAGAACGACGCAUCGUCCGAGAACGAGCAGUUGCUGAGCAGGAGUAUGGACAGUGAUGAAGAGCCGGCCAGUGACAAGCAAGGCUCCCCCGAGCUGUGCUUAUUGUCACUAGUCCACCUGACGAGGGACAAGUCCUCUGCCCCCAACAGAUCCACCGGGAUUCAAAGUCGAAGGAAAAAGAUAUUGGAUGUGUAUGCCAAUGUGUGUGGAGUAGUAGAAGGUCUCAGCCCCACGGAACUGCCCUUUGAUUGUCUGGAGAAGACCAGCCGAAUGCUCAGCUCCACAUACAACUCAGAGAAAGCCGUUGUGAAGACGUGGCGCCACCUUGCCGAGAGCUUUGGGCUCAAGAGGGAUGAGAUCGGGGGAAUGACGGACGGCAUGCAGCUAUUCGACCGCAUCAGCACGGCCGGUUACAGCAUCCCCGAGCUGCUGACAAAACUGGUGCAGAUAGAACGGUUGGAUGCUGUGGAGUCCCUUUGUGCAGACAUACUGGAGUGGGCAGGGGUCCUGCCACCUGCCCCCCAGCCACCCGCUACAUCCUGA